AGUAACACGCAAAUUAAUCAAUCAUAUUUUCUGUCUUUUUUUUCAAUUAUGCUUUCACUUACGGCUUCACUAAAAAAUAAAUAUAUUCCAAUCCAAUAUCAAAUUAUUGAACGAAAAGAAGCGAAAGUUUUUGAACUGCAUGGAGAAAAGAUAUAUGAUUACUUUUAUUGGCUUAAAGACGACUCUAAACGAAAGGACCGAAUUUUAAAAAUCGAAGAAUACACACUGGAAAAAUACAUAAAUCAGAAUAAACCUAAUAAUAAUUGGCAAAAAAUCCGAAAACUAUUCAACAAGUCAUUGGACUAUGAACUCUGUUAUGAUGUUCAAUAUGUCAAUUGGUUUAUUUUUUAUAAAUAUUUGGAUUUUUCAAAAUCAAUCUAUCAACCCAUUUUCAAAAGAGUGAAAUCAAUAAAUGAUAAGCAUCCGCACAUUGUUUUUGAUUCAAAUAACAUUGAAAAUGGAUCAGUGGUUGAGCAUGAAUAUUCACCCGAUGGAAAAUACUGUGCCUUUGGCAUAGACGAAGGCAAACCGCAUUCAUGUAAUAUCACAGUUGUUGAUGUAGAAUCGGGAAAACCUUAUGGCAAGCGUUUACAUCUCAGAAAAUUAAAAAAGGUCGCUUGGAGUGGUGAUAGCCGAGGAUUUUUUGUUUUUUAUGAUCCAGACGAAAGCAAUUGUCCAUGUCUUUAUUAUCAUUUUAUAGAUGAGCACAUACACGAUAUAUUUAUUGCAAAGAUCCCCAGAGGAGAGUUUCAUAAAGUAUCUUUUGAAGUCAGUAAUGAUAAAAAAUAUUUGAUUUUAUGCAACAAUCAAGCGGUGUUUAUAGCGAAUAUUGAAUCUUUAUGUGAAACCAUCGAACUUAAGCCAAUCUUCAAACUUUCACCAGAUGUAUUUUAUGAAUACGUUGGAAAUGAAGGAGAAUAUUUUACAUUUCUUACAAAUGAUAAAGCACCGAAACAUCAUAUUAUUGAAAUCGAAAUCGGAAGCAAAAAUCCUGACAAACAUUUUGAAGUAAUUGUUGCUGAGAAUUUGGAUAAUCAUGGUGUCCUAACGUCUGCUUUCAAGUAUUCGGCUUAUUUGUUUUUAGUCUACAUCGAAAACGUGCAGAAUACGAUGUAUUUAUUUUACUUAAGCAAAAACAUGCGUCGCAUAGAGUAUAAAAUACAAUUGGAGAAUGAACAAUUUCUAUCAAUGAAAAUCGAUAAAGUUGGAUUUUUCUUUGAGACCCAAUCAUUUAAAGUGCAGAGAACAGUUUACCGAAUUGAUUUUAAUCAACUUCAAUACCGUCCGCCAGAUGCAAAAACCUAUUCAAUUGUAAAACCGAUUAUUUGGAAACAACCCGCGUCAAAUUUAGGUGAAAUACAACUCAAAAUACGACAAGAUUCAUUUAUAAGUUUCGAUGGAAUCAGCGUGCCAAUGACAAUAAUUGAAAAAAAUACGAAUGAUUUAAAAAAGCCAUGUUUGGUAUUUGCUUACGGUGGAUUUGGUUGUGCCAUGCUUCCAUUUUUCAAGCUAUUCUUGCUUCUUUUCGAGGAGAUAUUCAAUGGCAUUAUUGUCGUGUUUCAUAUUCGUGGAGGUGGUGAUCUCGGUGAUGACUGGCUACUCAAACCAUGGGAGGCGGAAAAAAGUUUUGACGAUUUAAUUGCAGGGGUUGAACAUUUGAAAGGACGAAAGUACGCUAAUAUCAUUGAUGCAAAUAAAAUAGCGUAUUAUGGUGUGUCGCAUGGUGGUUUGACCGGCGCCGUUGUUAUGAAUAGAAAACGAAAUCUUUUCAGAUCUGUUAUUAUUCAAAAUGCCAAUUUGGAUUUAAUUAAUGAUCUACCUUGUAAAGGAUGUAUUUGGGCAAAACAGUAUGAACUUUAUCCAGUGACAUUGGUCGUAGCAAGCAAAAAUGAUGAAACCGUUGCUAUGGAAAAUAGCUUGAAAUAUGUGGCUCUAAGACGCGAAAUGGAUGGAAACAACGUAUUUCAGACUGAUAAACCAACUUUAUUGAAAACAAUUCAUAGUGGCGGUCAUCAUUAUGAAACGGCCGAAAAAUCGGAAUUCAUUGAUACUGUAUUUGUUGAAUUGAAAUUCAUAGCGGAAUCGAUGGAGUUGCAAUUUGAUAGAAAAUAUUAUUGUGAUGAUUCGUAA